AUGGAGGAAGGAUACCGGACGCUUGGCGAUGCGUUCACCGUCCCGGUCGCCCACAAGCGCGUCACAUUCCUUAUCGGCCCCGAUGUGGCGCCCCACUUCUUCAAGGCGACCGACGACGAGCUCAGCCAGACCGAGGUGUACAACUUCAACGUGCCGACGUUUGGCAGGGGUGUCGUGUACGAUGUACGCACUGAGCAGUUCAGGUUUUUCACCGAGGCCCUCAAAAAGGACCGCCUCAAGAAGUACGUGCCCCAGUUUGCAGCCGAGGCCGAGGUGUGA